GAUUUGAUGGACAAGGCUGCUCCAAGUUCCAAAGCGCCAAACAUCACUAGAGAAGAAAUCGAGUACGCCAUCAAAUCAUUGCAGAACAACAAAGCUGCAGGAAUCGACAAUAUCCCAGCUGAGCUCAUCAAGCAUGGCGGUGAAGAUGUUACCACAGCUCUGCUUGACAUCUGCAACAAGAUCCUGACUACAGGAGAAUGGCCUCAAGAGUGGACAAAAUCAAUAUUGAUACUAAUCCCAAAGAAAGUCAGCAACAAAUGCUCAGAAUACCGUACUGUGAGUUUGAUCAGUCAUGCCAGUAAGGUGAUGUUGAAGUUCCUCCAGAGAAGGAUUGAAAAGGCAAUCGAGAGCACCCUCGAUGAUGCACAGGCUGGGUUCAGAGCAAACAGGAGCACGGCUGAACAAGUUUGUAAUCUGAGGGUAAUUGGGGAGAAGUACAUUGAACACCAGAUGGCUGUUCACUGCAAUUUCAUUGACUACAAGAAAGCAUUCGACAGACACAGAAGUGGAUACUUCAAGUGUGGUGUUGGAGUGAGACAAGGCUGCAUCCUAUCCCCGAUGUUGUUCAACGCAUUCCUGGAGGAAAUCAUCAGCAGGUCACUGUUAGACUUCGAAGGUGGUGUUCUCAUCCAUGGAAGAGAGAUAAACAACCUCAGAUUUGCGGAUGACAUAGCGCUCAUCACGUCGAAAGAGCAGGAGCUGGAAGAACUGACCAGGAAGCUUGAUGAAACGUCCAGAAAAUUCGGGAUGGAGAUUAGCGCAGAAAAAAGUAAAUUGAUGUUCAUUGACGGUGAUAAACACACAAGAAUUAGUACGGACAUAGAGGCGAAUGGGGGAAAGCUGGAGCAAGUCAGCCAAUUCAAGUACCUAGGCUGCACAAUUGCUGAGAAUGGGAAAUCAACCAAAGAACUGAAAAUCCGGAUUACAGUUGCACAAUCGGCUCUGAAAAAGCUCGGCACAAUCUGGAAAAGCAACAAUAUAUCCGUCGCAGUAAAGCAACGACUUCUUCGAGCAAUCGUAUGCUCAGUACUGCUCUACGGAUGCGAAGAAUGGACAUUUACCGAAGAAAUGGAGAAAAGACUGAGAGCCUUCGAGUUCAGAUGCUACAGAAGACUGCUGCGGGUGACCUUUAGGGACCGGAAAACAAAUGUCUAG